GACAGAACGAGGCGGUCUGGAAGUCAGGAAGGACCUUUUCCCCCCUAUCUCGAUGGACCUGAAGGGCCGAAACCUUCUAAUUGGAGUCAUUAACAAACCACGUGUGUUGGAGCUCAAAGACGAACAAGGCCGAGGGACAGACUUACGAGGCUAUUCGGCCGCCAUCCUGAAGGAGCUCCAGCAGGUGCUCAAUUUCACCAUCUCGCUCAGGGAGUUCGAGUUUUGGGGAUCUCCGGACGCCAGUGGCCACUGGGACGGCGUCAUCGGAGCCCUCUUUGAUAAGGAAAUUGACUUCAGUCCGAUGGAUUUUACUCCUACUAAAGAAAGCCGUGAGGUGAUUGACUUCACGGAGUGGGUGAGCGAAGACCCCGUCGUGAUCGUCUCGGCCGCGCCUCAGCCAGAAAUCCGGCCCUUCCUCCUGCUGGAGAUCUACCAGCCGUGGGCAAGUACUCAUUUGUAAACCCUUUUUGCACGAGUCGUCGAGCACCUGAGUACAUGCAAAGACUUCGGACAAUCUUUUCACCUACUUAUUGAGAGUUUAUUGAUAAAUUGAUGUGCAUCGAAAGAGGAUUAUAAUUCCAAAAAUAAAAUGUGCGGAAAUAUCAGUUGGAAUGAAUUUGAAUGUUCUAUUACAAUAUCUUGAGUAAAAAUAUGCAUUUUCAAAUACAAAGUUUGAGAGGUAAAACGUUUACAUUAAAGACAGUACAUAAAUAUCAGUGGAGGAAUAUUUUUAAUAUUUGAAUAUCAAAGACUUAAAACAUUUCGAUGUUCAGUAACGAAAUUAACGCGUCUCUACCAGGUAUACCUGAGUCUCAUCGCAAUGCUUUUCUUCUGUUCCCUUAUCAUGUGGGCGCUGACACGAGCGAACACGAUCCUGCUGGCGGGCGUGUAUCCGCCGUCCAAGGUACAAGAUGUCACCAAGGUUAUGUUGAGCGCUGCCAAGACCAUCGUGGC